AUGGUUGUUUUGAAAAACCGAUCGCAGCUAGCUCCGAGCCCCACGUCGCUAGUGUGCAGCCCGGUGGCCACUGCCCGGCCAUCGCCACCGGCUGUUUCCACCGGCCGCGGCCAGGGAGCCACCGCUGCGUCGUUGGCGAAGCCCACCACCCCUGAGCCACCCAUGCACCUCCCGCUCUCCGCCGGAACUAGUGGCGCCACCCCUGCACCGCCCCCACGCCUCCCACCCCCUGCGCCAGCUCCUGGUCACACAGAGGACCAAGGGCCUCCUUUUUUUAAGCCCUUGAGGGCUAUAAGGGCCCAUCUAGGCCUUUUUGGAGGUGUUUUACAAAAUUGGGCAUAA